AUGAUGAGACCUUGGAAACGCAGUGGAUUUCUGCCAGUCACCCGGGGCGUGUUUGGUGGGCACAGGGACUCUAAAGUCAAGCAGCUUCUGUUUUCCCUCUGCCCGUGUUCCUGUUUGUCUGUGGUCAGGAGAUUUGUGAGGAUUGGUGGUCAACAGGGAGGACCCGUGUGCACAAGGCUCCUUGGCUUCACAAGCAGCUUAGCUUUCCCUCCACGCACGGUACCAUGUCCUGAUGCCACUAGUGACAGCUCAUCAGCUCGAAACCCAUCCCAGAUCCUCGGUAGCAGAAAUUCACAACUGUUUAGAGGCUCUAAGCUUCUGUAG